AUGCACUUUUACCGUGACUCUAAUAAUUUUGAAAAAAUGUCGAUGCGCGUGAAACGAACAUCAAUCGACCAUGUAAUUAUCUUCCUAUCGCGAUUCCUCGUUUUGUUUGCGCUCGUCGAGAGCACAACCUUGCCAUCGAACAUGUUGCUGGACCUGAACAGACGUACGAACGUUUCGAUGGAAAAGUACCAUCAAGCGGAAAUAGCGAUCCUGACAUCACGCACGCAUCUGAACCAUGGUUCCCCGUCGUACUUUCUCAGCGCGUCCCACGAAAUCACCGAGCACGCGCAAAAUCUAACGAGGAAAGCUCUACGUAUCGAGACAAUGGCAAUGAUGUUGGUGGAAGCUCUGAACAUGUCAUCGAAACAGGCGUCCUCCGUGUUGCCUUCCGUAGCCGCAAUCAAUUGUCCUGAUUCGUCUUCGUUUUUACAAGUGAUGAUCAGUUGCAGAAGAUUCGAUCCUCGAUACAGAACGCACAGUGGAAAAUGUAAUAACGGUUUACAUCCGACUUGGGGCGCCGCUCUAGAAGCUUACACCAGAUUUCUACCGCCUGAAUAUAUGGACGGUGUUUCUUUGCCACGUACCGAUUUACCUAGCGCCAGAGAAGUCUCCUCGAGAGUACAUUCCGGGGGAUUGGAUAUUAAACACCCUUAUCUGAUGGCACUUACCGCGCUAUUUGGUCAGUUUCUGGUUCACGAUCUCGCUCAUACGCCUAAGAUGCAACUACCUGACGGUGCAAAACUGAAAUGUUGUAACGUCGAUUAUGAACACUUCCAUCCAGAAUGCUUCCCGAUCCGAGCUGAUAAUGCGAUCGGGUGUAUGGAAUAUUCGAGAUCAGCGCCGCACCCAGGAAACUCAUUACAGGGAUGCAAAUUGGGUCCUCGACAGCAGAUCAACCAGGCAUCCUCGUACUUAGACCUUUCUCCGGUUUAUGGGAGUUCCGAAGACAUAGCGAAAGCUCUGCGAUCCGGCAAGGGCGGUUUGCUUAAUACGCAGAGGAAGAAUUUACCCAUGCCUUCGCCGAAGUACGAAAGUUGCAGAAGCGCGAACAAAGCUUUCCCAUGUUUUCUUAGCGGGGAUUCGCGGGUAAACGAGAACCCUGGUCUCACUCUAAUGCACGUACUUUUUCUACGGGAGCAUAACCGAGUCGCUACUGAGCUGGGACAACUGAAUCCUCACUGGGACGACGAGAGACUCUACCAGGAGGCAAGAAGGAUCGUUAUCGCGGAAAUGGAGCAUAUAACUUAUAACGAGUUUCUGCCCGUUGUUCUCGGUGAAACGGCUCUCGACAAGUAUCAGUUACGUUUAACACGGAAAGGAUAUUUUCGUGGCUACGAUACUCGAGCAGACGCGACACUUGCGAAUUCAGUUGCGUCGGCUGGACUCUUCUUCGUUGCCGCGUUGACCCCAAAAACCCUCGACCUAGUUGACUCACGAUCAGCAUUAAAGUCUGGAGAAAGGUCCUUAUUAUCGGCGUUCUACGCUCCGCAGGAGUUUUAUGAAGCUGGUGCUAUUGAUCGUCUGAUCGUUGGUGCUACAGCGGGCCAUUCUAGGAAGCCUUUACCGCCAGGAUUGAAUGAAAUACUUUUGGAACGAUACUUCCAUGAUGGAAAAAGCAACGAUAUUGCUGUGGAUUAUGCUGCGCAGGUCAUACAACAAGGACGGGAUCACGGCUUGCCAUCUUAUGUCAGAUGGCGAUCAUUCUGUGAUUCGCCAGAUAUUAACGAGUUUGAAAGUCUUAGAGGAUCAAUAGGCAAAGAUACCAUAGGAAAACUUCGUGCAGUUUAUAGAAAUGUGCAGGACAUAGAUCUGGUAACAGGAGCACUUUCAGAAGAAACUAUGUCUGAUUCUGUUUUGGGGCCAACGUUUCUUUGUUUAUUGGGUCGUACUUUUCGAAAUAUUCGGUUCGGUGACAGAUAUUGGUACGAAAAUGCAAACACUCCAGGUUCAUUUACUUUGAAUCAAUUAGAAGAAAUUCGUAAAUUUACAAUGGCUCAGAUCUUGUGUUAUAAUGGCGAUCGAGUGAAUUGGAUGCAACCUAGAGCGUUUCUUCUGCGAGACCGUUUCUUAAAUGAUAUGAUAAAUUGCACGAUACACACGAGUGCAUCACCGAAUCUUUCAGCUUGGAAAGAGAACAAGAUUUCGUAA